AUGGAUUUUGACAUACAAGAAUAUAUCAAUAAGGAUUCUUUUAAAGAAGUAUGGCUCUCAUUGGUCGAUUACUCAAGAGGCCGAGCUCGCGCGCAAAACAUCAUUCGUUAUCGUGCCGUAAUCGAUCAGUACUUGGGUGAUUACCUUACAAUCACCAGCUACCAGAGGCCCAACUUCGUAUAUGCUCAGCAAUCUGCUAUAACCGAAGGCACCAAAAUCUACACAGCUUACGCCAACAACGUUCACCUUAGAUUUGGCCAGCACCUUCGACGUGCC